AAUAGAGUUCUCGGCUGAUGUUUUAAGAGAAGAUGUGGUCAUCGGCAAUUCUGCUGCAUGUUUGCAUUGGCGUGGCCGUUGCUGCGUCAGAUCCCAGUAUCUUAACAGGAGGUGCUGAAGGCUGCGACUUUUCCGGCAUUGACCUUUACCAAAAAAUUGCUGACAUCGUCAAAGAGCUGCCACCAGAAUACUCACAACCGGACCGAAAACCGGAGGAGGUCAUACCGGGAAUUUUCCUAGGGACCAUUGUUUACAAAGGCUUGGAAAACUUCAGACCUUAUGGGCCUGUAUUUAGCUACUGCCGCAACGGCUCCAGGCUCGUCCAAAUAGACCUCGCCACGGACGAUCGCCUCAUGGAAGCCUUCAUGCCUUGGAAGACUUGCGGUGGACAACAAGGGUUCAUUGGAACUUACGCAAAUGCCAGGGUUACAGUUACUUUUCAGGUGGUAGACACGAAUGCUGACGACGCUUCUGAGAAAAAUAAAGUAAAACUAGAUCACCACAGUGGGCCGACUCCAGUCUCCGUGCAUGACGUUUCGGUUUACCUGAGAGGAGCUGGCGACAUGAUGGGAGGUGCUGUAGCAAUCGCAAGCAAAUUGUUUCCUCAACUGCCCAAGGAUUUCUGGCUUGAAAUGGUGACUUGGAGACUACGGACCGUAAUUAAGGAGAUCAUCUGGAAGCUCUCCUUGAACACCUGAGCGAGUGUUUGCUGUUAUCUGGGCGUUCAUUGUUGAAAGGCAAAGCAUUCACACUCUCUCACGAGAAAUGGCGCCUUUGCAAUAUAAAUCCCCUUACAAGUAGUAGCGUGCACACUUCGAUUGCCAUUAAACAGCUGUGAGACUGAAA